AUGAGUGAAGCCGAAAGUUUUCGAGAGGAUUCACCUCAAGAAUACACUUUUGAAUCUGAUCCUUAUCAGCAGACAAUGAUUAGGCGAGACUCUCUGGAUGCUCUCAGGGGAGCUACAUUACGCGUAUUAGUGCCAAAAAUAGAGGAGCCUUACGUAAACUAUGCAAAUUUCACAGACGAAGAAGAGGCAGAACGCGGAUACGGUCCUGGAGUAGUGAUGGAACUGCUCAAAGAUAUGGCAACCGAACUUGACUUAAAAUAUGAGAUCAUACGCACGGAACAUGAAAGAUCAAACUCAAGCUUUCUUGGACCAUUUGAGGCAUUGAGAAAGAAUGAGGCCGAUAUUAUAGCUCAAGCACAAAUGAUGGAUUAUGAUCAUACACUCAUGGCUGACUUGACGUAUCCUUUUGAGUCCGUUAAUACUGGAGUAAUGGCAGUUUCUGAUUUGCAGCAUAAAAGUCAGACAAUGCUUAUAGUAACUGAACCUUUUCAGAAUCAAGUUUGGUUGAUGAUACUUGCCAGUAUUCUUGUUUCUGCGUUGGCGUUGUAUAUACUAACACGGAUAUUGCGACGAGUUUAUGACGAGCUACCAUUCAGCUUUCUUGGAUCAACAUGGGUCUUCUUUUCAAUAAUCGUUCAGCAAGGAAUACCCGAAAAUCCGAAAUCAUGGAGCGUACGUGUUUUAAUCAGCCUUUGGUGGCUGGCGAGUCUUACACUUAUGGCUACUUUUACUGGAAGCCUUGUCGCCUUGUUUGCAGUUCAAAGGGAUGAACAUCCGUUUCAAACUUUCGAAGAGUUGGUCAAGCUGGUGAAAUUGGGAAAAUUUAAGAUACUCCUGGAUCGCAUGCAGACGUGGACCAUGAUACAGAAAUCCGAAUUGAGACUCAUGAAAGAACUUUACUAUGAGAUGUCCGUGAAUCAUAAGUUCAGAUACGAGGAAGGCAUAAGCAAUGCGGUCAACUUUCUCCUAACCAACUCGCAUUUCGCUUUAGUUGGGCCAGCAGAUAUCCUAGAAAUCUACAAGCACACAGACUGUCGACUUUAUUCAUUGCAAGAAGAUAUAUUACCGACGUACCUCUCUAUAGCACUGAGGAAGGAUUCUCCAUAUACCAAUUAUUUUUCAGAUAGGAUACACGAGCUUUUUGCCCGUGGCUUCACCAAAAAAUGGAUACAAGAUUUCGGCGAAUAUAUAGCAUCAAAGACUGCGAGGCAGUGCAACGCGACCUCUGUUAACGCUCCCAACGGUACCCUCUCACUCAUGCAAGCACAGGGGGCAUUUUGGAUACUUAUCGGCGGAAUGUCAGUCAGCAUAGUGGCGUUGCUUCUCGAACUGCUGUUUCACUUAAUAAAGAAAAAAGCGUGUACAGAAGAUGGACGAAUUGCUCAGCUCAAGAAAAGAUUUAAAUCUAUGAUAAAUAAGAAUUGUUGA